AUGACUUUUGUUCAGCCACCGCGUGUAUAUAAACACCUGCCGGUCUGGAUCGUGGAGGACCACCACGAUGUGGUAUGCCAUAUAUAUCGUGCCAUUGCAUCAAGACACCUCCCCAUGAAGAACAUUAAGCUUGUGCAUUUGGACUCCCAUCCAGAUCUGCUUAUUCCGGUCAACCUGUGUGCCGACGUGGUUUUUGAAAAGGAGAAGUUGUUUAGUGAGCUGAGUAUAGAAAACUGGAUCAUGCCCAUGGUUUAUGCUGGCCACAUAUCUUGCGUGGCUUGGUUGCAUCCCUACUGGUCGCAGCAAAUCGCGGAGGGGGAACACAAAAUGACUGUCGGGAAAGACUCCUCCACGACCACCAUCAGGGUGACAAGUAAGGAUCAUUACUUCCUCAGCGAUGGCCUGUAUGUUCCGGAGGAGCAGCUUGAAAACCCAAAACAGCUCAUAUUAAAUGUGGUCAAAGUCAAUUAUCAGCAGUCCUUUCCGGACACGAAAACAGAAGAGGACUCAGAUCCCCAGCUGGCCAAGAAACCCAGACGAGAGGCCCCUUCCUCUCAAGCCCUUUCAUCGACGGGUAUUCUUCCACCUGCUGUUGUCAGUAAAGACGCUGGACAAGAAGAAGAGAAAAGUACUUUUAAAGGAGAUCAAAGUGGUGAAGAUGAAGAAGGAUCUACAAGUUACGUUGUGAAGAGAAUCUCCACUUUUCUGGGUCGCACAGAUCCCUACAUCCUGGAUAUUGAUUUGGAUUUCUUUUCCUGUAAGAAUCCCUUCAAGGAGUUAUAUACCGAGGAGGAAUUUGCCAUCCUUCAGGAACUUUACAACUUCAAAGGACCUCUUCCUGAUGCUAACCAGGAGGAGCUUGACGAGUGCGUCGAUCGUCGCAUACGGCAAUUAGAAGACUUAGAAGCGGCAUUCGCCGAUCUACUCGAAGACGAUCGGGAGGAAAUUGUUUCACAAUGGGUCAGCAAACUAGGAAAGUCGUGUUUUCUGCGCCUGGUAUCCAGUUUGAAGUCGAGAAAUCCUCACCCAGAUUAUGAAAUGGUACAUCAGGCAGGUUUAACAUGCGACUCCAUCGAAUUGCCUCAUCAUAUUAGCUCCGAUGAAGAGAUUGACAGACUCAUCUCUGCUGUGCAAAGCCUACUGAAGCACCUGCCCAAACCUACUCUGGUGACAAUGUCCAGAUCCAGUCUAGAUGAAUACUGCCCUACAGAACAAGUGGCUUCCAUCCAAAGCAAAGUAUUGACUGUACUAGAAGAACAAUAUGGACCAUUGGACAUAGAAAAGGACUAUGAAAAUACCAACAGCACAGAGGUUCAUGACCAACUAGCUCAGACCACCUCAGAACAUUAA